AUGUAUGAAUUUCUCUGCAAAUUAGAUGAGAAGGUGACGGUUGGCCUUGUUGGCGGCUCUGACUUGUGCAAAAUUCGAGAACAGAUGGGUGGUUCAUCGGCCCUGCAUAGGUUCAAACAUGUCUUUACAGAAAAUGGCCUUGUCGCCUAUCAAUACGAUCAACUCAUCUGCUCAAAGGAUAUUGCAUCACAUAUGGGCGAAGAUUUAUUGCAAAGACUGAUAAACUCCGUUCUGCGACAUCUCUCAGAGAUCAACUUACCGGUCAAGCGAGGUACCUUUGUGGAAUUUCGUAAAGGUAUGCUCAACGUUAGCCCUGUGGGGCGUAGUUGUUCUCAAGCUGAGCGAGAAGCCUUCUAUGUCUAUGAUAAGGUACACAAGGUUCGUGAGACCCUGGUAGAGGUGCUUCGGAAAGAGUUCUCCGAUUGCGGUCUACAAUUUUCUAUUGGUGGACAAAUCAGCAUUGAUAUUUUUCCAGUAGGAUGGGACAAGCGCUUCUGUCUCCAAUUUCUCGACGAUUACGACACUAUCCACUUUUUUGGUGAUCGAACAAUGGAGGGCGGGAACGACUUUGAAAUAUUUUCCCACCCAAGAACCAUUGGCCAUAGUGUUAUCGGUCCGGAGGAUACGAGGAAGCAAUUAGAGGAGUUAUUUUUCACCUAA